AAAAUAUCUUAUCCAUUCCAAUUCUCAUUGUAUAAGCUUCUCUCCCAAGAGUCUCAAAGUUGAACAAAAAAGGAAAAUUUAAUAGGAGAAUAUAGAGAAAUGGAGUUUGCUAGGAGUCCAAACAGGAGCGACAUUCACUUACCAAGGGAAGAAGCAGCAAGAAUUGAAGAGGAGACAAAGGAGUACUUUGAUCAAUUAGCGCCUCAGCGCCAUGCUAAGCCUCAGAGGAGUGAGCAUUCAUCUCAGUAUGUGGAUGAUUUUGGCAAAAACCAUAACAACAGCAACACAGAAUACGACGAGUUUCAGCGUCUCCAAAGUCAUCCUGAGAAACUAGUAUACAGUGCAAGCCAAGCGACUGAGGAAUUCACUGAGACGGAGUACUACAAGGACCUUAACUGCAUUGACAAGCAACACCACACGACAGGAACAGGAUUCAUUAAAAUGGAAAAUAGAAACGGAAAAAGCUUCAGCCUAGCCCUUGACUAUGCCAAUGACUGCCAUGACUCAUGCAAGGGGAACCCAGCCACUAAUGACUGGAUUCCGUCCCCUGAUAAUAUGGUUACAUUUUCUUCAGACAAGCCAAAGAGGAGUGACAACUGAAAUGGCCAAUACUAUUGUCAAAUACAAGCUAGAUGCUGUUGCAUGUUUCCUUCAUCUUUCCUUUAUGACUGUCUUGGUUCCAAGAGUCACGAAUAAGUCUUAUCUGGGCAUUGUAAGAACCAUUAGUUCAUUAUACUGAAUGGUGUCGAGUGUAUUUCUGUAUUCUACUUCUGUUAUUAGAAUGGUAAUUCUAGAUUCAUAAGA